UUCAAAGAUGUGACAUCUUCACCGUUAUCAGCAGGAUGCACUUUGUUACAUACUGUAUCUGUAUAAAUUCCAACUUUUGCUUGUUUUAUGAUUAUUAGACCUUCAGACUUGGAGUAGUACAUUGCUGGCACAGGAUAUCUGGCAACUAUGAUUGUAUUCUUACUGCUGAUCACUGAAAGCUUUGUGAAUGUUGGUGCAUUUUGCCCUGUUACAUGUGAUUGCUCAACGAAAGAUGUAAUUUCUUGCAACGAUCAGUCAAUUACAAGCAUUGCCAAAUUAGCUAUACCUAAUAAUUUUACUUAUAUUAUUAUAAGCAACACUCAAGCUACGGAGCUGACAGACUGGAGCUUUCCAGAAAUGCCACUUGCUUUACGCCUGUCCUUGGAAGGCAACAAAUUCUCCACAAUAACUGCUGCGGCUUUUCAAAAAUUCCCUUUUCUAAAAUCUCUCAAGUUAACCCACAACAAUUUAAGCACUCUCUCUUCUGGAGUGUUUCAUCCUUUAAUUCAUCUUGAACAGUUGUUUCUCGACAGAAAUGUUUUAAUGCGGCUUGAGCCACAGAUGUUUGACACCCUGAGUGAUCUGAAAGAACUUGCCUUGAACAGAAAUAAUCUUACAGAAUUACCUGCUGGAUUGCUAGAUCAACUAGUAAAGCUACAAGUCUUAAAUUUAUCUAGAAACAAACUGAAUGUUUUGCCUAAAAAUAUUUUUGGUUCAUUGUUCAAGUUAACACAGCUUGUGAUCUAUGAUAAUAACCUGGUGGAGAUAACAUCCUGGAUGUUUAGUAAUCUCACAGAACUCGUUGAACUUAAUAUGCGUUCAAAUUUAAUCCAAAUAAUUGACAAAGAUGCAUUUUACCACCUCCCAAAGCUAAAAAAAUUGUCUCUGCAGAAGAAUCAUCUAAAAACAUUGCCUGAUGGAUUAUUUCUCCACUUGCCCAUGUUAGUUGCAUUGUCAUUUUAUGAAAACCCAUUGAUGGAACUUCCCACUGUACUGUUUGGUAAAAUGGACUACCUAAAAUCAUUCUGGCUAUAUCAUACAGAUCUUACAACAAUACCUAAUUUCUUCUUUAGCAAUCUAACUAACCUGGAGUUACUUGUCCUUACAAGGAAUAAAAAUCUUCACACUCUCCCACCAGAUUCAUUUAGUGGUCUGAGUAAGCUUGUGGAGCUUGCAUUGCAUACUAAUAACUUUAGCUCUCUUGGUGAAGGUCUAUUCAAGGAACUACAACAGCUCCAAAUUCUUUCUCUAUAUAAUAACAAUUUUGAGGUUCUCCCAGAGAACUUUUUUCAUCCUCAAAAAAAUCUUCAGACUGUAUAUCUUAAUAGCACUAAAAUAAAGACCCUGCCAGGGAACUUAUUUACAGGGUUGACAAAUCUUCAAAUGGUCCGCCUUGAUGGCAACCCUUGGACCUGUGAUUGCAAACUUAAGGAUUUCAAGGUGUGGCUUGAAAUGAAUAAGGGAAAGAUAAAAAACAUAAUGUCACUUGUGUGUACGAGUCCUAGAACACUGCAAGGAAUCCCUGUAUUGGAGGUGGAGGCACUGAUUUGUCCCUAUACAAUAACUACAGCUGAGGACAAGAGUUCUUUCAUGGUAACAACAGGUUCCAACUCUUGGUAUGGUUUCACCAAUGUUUCACAGGGCACACUUCCCAGUGAUGUGACUGUGACUUCUUCUAUUGGAAACCAGUUUCUUAAUGAAACUCAUUCCUCUCUCAGUGAUCCUACCACUGACUGGUAUUACGAUGAUACUACAAGUCCUUCUUUACUCAGUCACUUAGGAACAACCACUGAAACAAUAUUAUCUGAGUAUGAUUUACAUCAUAUAAAAAAUAUAUUCAGGCUUUCUCUUCCAUGUGGAAAAAUAUUUUAUUAUGCCCUUUUACUCAACACAGUAUUGCAAGUGUUAACGUUAUUACUAACAUGCUUCAGCUUGAUGAAAAUUAAGAUCCUCUAUAAUUACUUUGAUAGUUGUACUGAACCUGUAGUUCUACUGCGCAUUUUAAUACCAUUAAGUUCUAAUCCCAGGUCCAGUACAAUAGAAAUGUGAUUUUCUUGAGACCUAGCUCUUGUGUAAAGGUUGGUACACAGCUCUUGUGUAAAGGUGGGUACACACUAGGCGAAGCUUAAAUGCCGGCGAUGAACGACGACAUCAUUGAACGAUAUAGCACGUGCACACUGAACGUUAUCGCUCAACGAUAACAAUCAGUGACGUCAUCGCCAGCAUUCCCAGACAUGCAGCUCAGCCCGACAUUGACGGGUUUAGGUGACAUGCACCAAUAUUGGUGAUCGCUGAACGACGUGUGGGAGCGCUCAUCGUUCACCAAUAAUAAUUCACCAAUAAUAAUAAUACACACUGGACAAUAUAAGCCUAAAAAUAAACAAUAACUUUUAUGUCAUUAUCAUUUAUUUUUUUAGGCUGAAAUCGCCUAGUGUGUUCCCGCCUUAAGUAUGCUUUAUGUGAAAGUCUUAUCUAGAGGAGGGGCUUUAGCUUUAGUUAUGGUGCCAAAUACUUCUGAAUCUUGCCUAUCCUAUAUAGUAUAACAUUCUGCCAUUAUGAAUUGUAUAUAAUAAGAUUUGUCCCCAUUGACUUAUUCCAUGUUUGCAUGUUGAUUUAUUGAUCCUCAACCAUUUUUUAUAAUGUUUUCUGUUUUAUAAUCCACUUCUUUGCAGAUCAUUAUUUGAUAUUCUGUAAACA